AUGGAAGCCAUUACUGGUGAUGAUGGAGGUGAACCCACCGGGACCGAAAGGGACACUUAUUCUGAGCGAACUGCAAUCUUGGUGCCGGAACGGGUGAGUCAAGACGCUACUUACCGUACUCAAAGUAAACUCUUGACCAGAGAUAGCGAUAUUCGACGUAGAACGCCUACCUACUCUUCCAACUAUAUUCCACCGCAACAUAGCGUGCAUGUGAAAUAUCCGUCUGCCAUGGAUUUGACAAAUAUUCAGCGUGUAUCGAACUCACCAGGUGCAAUUGUGGCAGCACAGCAAUUGUGUGGUGAUGAUCUUCUCGUAUUUCGUGCGUUUGAAGUGGCUCAUUUACGCCCCACUACGAAUGCUACCAAGUUCGGACAAUGUGAGCACUGA